AAAAAUGGAAGAUAUUUCAAAAUUAGAGUUAGCUGCUCAUUUAAUCAUGGCUCCACCAAGCCAAGUCAGUUUUCAAGAUAGAAAAGAUGCUGAAGCUUUUUUUAUGAGAUUGCGUGAGGGAGCUCUUUCCGUCGAUUCUUGCAGACAAAUUUUAGAAACUACACAAAAUCACUUUUUAAUGUUUGAAUUGGCUCGUUCACUUGUUGCAAGGAUGUUGAAGGAAUGGACUAAAUUUAAUCAGGAAGACAUACGCAAUAUUGCUUUAUAUCUAUUGAAUUUCCCUGUAGUCCAUCAAGAGUUUGUUUUUUUUUAA